GCAUCUCAUAGGUGAUGGGUCGACUGGAGUGGGGCCAGAGCUGGCCCGUAUAAAAGGGGGCCUCCAGAUAUCCACAGAGCAUCAGUCCUCAAAUCCAGGAACAGCAGCAACCAUGAGGGCAUUCGUGAUCUUAGCGCUCGCCACGGUGGCGAUGGCGCGUCCAGAAGCACCAGGCGGGUAUUCUUACUCUCAGCCACAGCAGCCGAGUGGAAGCUAUGGAGCACCCGGAGGUGGAAGUGGUGGUGGAUUCAGUGGAAGCUUAGGAGGACUUGGAGGUCUAGGACUUAGCGGUGGACACGGAGGAAGCCUUGGCGGCCUCGGCGGUGGUCAUGGAGGAUUCGGAGGCGGAAGUGGCCUCGGAGGUGGUUUCGGAGGUGGAAGCUUCGGUGGAGGCAGCAGCGGUAGCUCCUUCGGAUCUAGCAGCGGCGCUAGCUCCUUCGGUGGAAGCAGCGGCGGUGGCUCCUUUGGUGGAAGCAGCGGCGGUAGUUCCUUCGGAGGCGGCGGUGGAUCGUUCGGUAGUGGAUCAUUCGGAGGUGGAUCAUUCGGAGGUGGCUCCCUGAUCCAGAAACACAUCUACGUCCACGUUCCUCCCCCAGAGGCACCUGAAGACAGGCCAUCCAGACCUAUCCAGGCCCCAGCACCUGCCCAGAAACACUACAAAAUUAUCUUCAUCAAAGCACCCACUCCACCAACCCCAACUGCCCCAGUCAUCCCUGCCUUCCAACAAGACGAACAGAAGACCCUCAUCUACGUCCUCGUCAAGAAACCCGAAGAAGCUCCAGAAAUCAACUUGCCAGCCGUCGCACCGACUCAGCCCAGCAAACCCGAAGUUUACUUCAUCAAGUACAAGACCCAGAAGGAAGCUUCCGGCAGUGGAUCCGGUAUCAGCGGAGGAAUCGGAGGUGGAUCUGGCAUUGGCGGUGGAUCUGGCAUUGGUGGUGGAUCUGGGAUUGGUGGUGGUUCUGGCAUUGGAGGUGUUCUCGGUGACAGUGGACACGGAAGCAGCGGAAUCGGUGGAGGAAUCGGCGGAUCGGGACCAAGUGGACCCAGUGGAAGCUACGGACCCCCCGGUGGAUCCGGUCCCUACUAGUCAAUUAUCACUCGCCCUCCUUCCUUCUCCGUUCACUGUCACAAACACUCCACGCACACGAACGCACACACACGCACAAGCACACGUACACGUGACGCGAGAAUUUGUAAAAUAAUGACGAUCCGAAA